GGCUGCCAUUCAGACCUGGUCACCGACUUGGACUUCUCUCCCUUUGACGACUUCCUCCUGGCUACGGGCUCAGCCGACAGGAUGGUGAAAAUCUGGCGACUGCCAGCCCCUGGCCAGGCCCUGCCCUCAGUGCCUGGGCUGGUACUAGGCCCCGAGGAGCUCCCAGUGGAAGUGCUGCAGUUCCACCCAAGCGCGGACAGCGUGCUGCUGAGCACAGCGGGCACGGCCGUGCGGGUCUGGGACGCAGCCAAGCAGCAGCGCCUGACAGAGCUGGUGGACCAUGGGGACCUGGUGCAGAGCGCCGUCUGGAGCCGGGAUGGAGCCCUUGUGGGCACAGUGUGCAAGGACAAGCAGCUGCGGAUCUUUGAUCCCAGAGCAAAGCCCCAGGCCUCUCAGAGCACACAGGCCCACGAGAACAGCAGGGACAGCCGGCUGGUGUGGACCAGAACCCAGGAGCACCUCGUGUCCACCGGAUUCAACCAGAUGGGUGAGCGCGAAGUGAAGCUCUGGGACACCCGGCUCUUCUCCAGUGCCCUGGCCUCCCUCACCCUGGACACCUCACCCGGGCCUCUGAUGCCCCUGCUGGACCCAGACUCCGGGCUCCUGGUCCUGGCAGGAAAGGGUGAGAGCCAGCUGUGCUGCUAUGAGGUGGCCCCACAGCAGCCAGCACUGAACCCAGUGACCCAGUGUGUCCUGGAAAGCGUGCUGCGGGGGGCGGCCCUCGUGCCCCGGCGGGCGUUGGCCAUCCUGGGCUGUGAGGUGCUCCGUGUCCUGCAGCUGAGCGACACAGCCAUCGUACCUGUCAGCUACCACGUGCCCCGCAAGGCUGUGGAGUUCCAUGAGGACUUGUUCCCAGACACUGCCGGCUGUGUGCCCGCCUGCGACCCCAAUACCUGGUGGGCUGGAAGCAGCCAGCAGGUAGGCCGAGGCCUGGCUCACUGCUCCUGGCCUCCACCAGCCUCUGGAAGCCCCUCAGUCCAGCUGUGCACCAACUCAGGGGGCCUGCUCUCUGCUCUCCAUGCCUACCCUGUGGACCCCUCCCAGAGGCUCCCUUCUGACCGGGUGGCCCAUGCCCCCCACUGCCACAACCGCCAGCCUCCCCACAGGUGCAGAAGGUCAGCCUCAACCCAGCACACCGGCCCCACCCCAGCUUCACCUCCUGCUUGGUGCCCCCCAUGGAGCCUGCCGCUGACACAGCCCUGCCUACAGAGGCGCCUGUGGGCGAUGCGGAGCCAAGCCUCCUUGCCGACCUCGCCUUCCACGCCCUCCAGCCUGGGGCCCUCGCUCUCCAGCACCAGUGGCAUCGGGACCAGCCCCAGCCAGAGGUCACUGCAGAGCCUACUGGGCCCCAGUUCCAAGUUCCGCCAUGCUCAGUGCACCAUCCUUCACCGAGACAGCCACAUCACCAACCUCAAGGGACUCAACCUCACCACGCCCGGCGAGAGCAACGGCUUCUGUGCCAACCGGCUGCGUGUGGCUGUGCCCCUGCUCAGCAGUGGUGGGCAGGUGGCCGUGCUUGAGCUGCGGAAGCCUGGCCGCUUGCCUGACACAGCACUGCCCACGCUGCAGAAUGGGGCACCCGUGACCGAUCUGGCUUGGGACCCCUUUGACCCACACCGCCUCGCUGUGGCUGGGGAGGACGGCAGGAUCCGGCUAUGGCGGGUGCCGCCAGAGGGUCUGGAGGAGGUGCUCACCACGCCAGAGGCUGUGCUCACAGGCCACACGGAGAAGAUCUACUCCCUGCGCUUCCACCCAUUGGCAGCCGAUGUGCUGGCCUCUUCUUCCUACGACCUCACCGUUCGCAUCUGGGACCUGCAGGCCAGAGCCGAGCAGCUGAGGCUGCAGGGCCACCAGGACCAGAUCUUCAGCCUGGCCUGGAGUCCUGACGGGCAGCAGCUGGCCACUGUCUGCAAGGAUGGGUGUGUGCGGGUCUAUGAGCCCCGCAGUGGCCCUGAACCCCUGAAGGAAGGCCCAGGGCCUGAGGGGGGCCGCGGUGCCCGCAUUGUCUGGGUAUGCAAUGGUUGCUGUCUGCUAGUGUCUGGCUUUGACAGCCGAAGUGAGCGCCAGCUGCUCCUGUACGCGGCUGAAGCGCUGGCAGGUGGCCCCUUGGCAGUGCUGGGCCUCGAUGUGGCUCCCUCGACCCUGCUGCCCAGCUACGACCCAGACACUGGCCUGGUGCUCCUCACGGGCAAGGGCGACACGCGCGUGUUUCUGUACGAGCUGCUCCCAGAGGCCCCCUUCUUCCUAGAGUGCAACAGCUUCUCCUCGCCUGACCCCCACAAGGGCUUCGUCCUCCUGCCCAAGACAGAGUGUGACGUGAGGGAAGUGGAGUUUGCCCGAUGUCUGCGGCUGCGCCAGACCUCCCUGGAGCCUGCCUCCUUCAGGCUGCCCCGAGUCAAGAAAGAGUUCUUCCAGGAUGACGUGUUCCCAGACACAGCCGUGAGCUGGGAGCCGGUGCUCAGUGCCAAGGCCUGGCUGGGAGGUGCCAACGGGCAGCCCCGGCUCCUCAGCUUGCAGCCCCUUGGCAUGAUCCCAGUGAGCCAAGCUCCCCGUGAGGCACCUGCUCGGCGGGCCCCAUCCUCAGCACAGUACCUGGAAGAGAAGUCAGACGAGCAAAAGAAGGAAGAGCUGCUGAAUGCCAUGGUAGCAAAGCUGGGGAACCGGGAGGACCCGCUUCCCCAGGACUCCUUCGAAGGCGUGGACGAGGACGAGUGGGCCAAGUACCUGGCUCAGAUCAUUGUGAUGGGGGCGCAAGUCGUGGGCAGGGCCUUUGCUCGGGCCUUGCGGCAGGAGUUUGCAGCCAGCAGGGCAGCAGCUGAUGCUCGGGGACGCGCUGGACACCAGUCUGCAGCUGCUUCCAACCUCUCUGGCCUCAGCCUCCAGGAGGCACAGCAGAUUCUCAAUGUCUCCAAGCUGAGCCCCGGGGAGAUCCAGAAGAACUAUGAACACUUAUUUAAGGUGAACGAUAAAUCCGUGGGUGGCUCCUUCUACCUGCAGUCAAAGGUGGUCCGAGCGAAGGAGCGCCUGGAUGAGGAACUCAGAAUCCUGGCCCAGGAGGACAGAGAUGAGGGGCAGAUGCCCAAAACAUGACUGCUCAGUUCCCCCUGCCCCGCCGCCUCUAAUUUAUAGCUCAGUAAUAAAUAAAACAAAUGUCUUUCA